CCUUCAGUGGUCCCUUGGAUCUUUCGCCGUUGGUUCGAGUGACGAAUCAUGGCUACUCGGAGACGAGCGAUGCUUUGGGCGCUGGCACUGGCGCACGCAUGGCAGGCGGAAGGCGAACGUGACGCCACCGUGUGCUCGGCGGGAGCUGAGCAUUCCGCGGCCGGUGUGGUGGCGCGGCCGGUGCCGAAGGCUCCGGUGCGUUUCCCCAAGGAGCUGCUGGAUGAUCGGCCAGCGGACAUCAUGUUUAGCGGUUACGUGAAUGUCACACAGGAGGACUUCCUCUUCUACUGGUUCAUCCAAGCGAAGAGUGAUGCUCCUGCGGACGCGCCAGUGAUUCUUUGGAGCAACGGCGGCCCGGGAUGCACCUCCAUGGAGGGUGCCGUGACGGAGAUAGGUCCUUUACUCCUCAAGGGAGUGAAGACUGGGCAGGGAUACACAGGACGACUGUCUUCGAAUCCUUUCGCCUGGAACCAGCGGGCACAUGUCCUUUUGGUAGACCAACCUCGUUAUGUGGGCUAUUCUACGGGCGCUGGGCCUUUCGUGCUGAGCUCCAAAGAUGCCGCGAAGGACAUCGUGCAGUUUCUCCGAGGUUGGCGUCGGCUGUUUCCAGAGCUGGCCGCAUCCCGGUUUGUGCUGGCGAGCGAGUCCUAUGGCGGGCACUUCAUCCCAGCCUUCGCCGAAGCCAUCUUCAACUUCAACGAUCGGACACCGGCCGAGACGAUUCAGAUUGCGGGCAUGGUCUUCAGUAGCACUUGUAUUGACAAACACCAACAAGGUUUGGAGUCCUUCACACGCUUUGCGAAGAAGGAGAAGCUCCUGCCCAGCCAUGCAAAUCCCAGCUCCAUGUCAGCUGCACGGUAUCAGGUCUGGAGUCACAUCAAUUAUUUACCCAACACCUACGACUAUCGUCUUGCUUCGGCUGGCCCGUGCUGUGGAUGCAUGGGCUACAAUUACUCGGACUUCGACAGGUGGUUCACUCACCUUGCAGUGCGUAAAGCCUUGAACGUUUGCGGUGAUGCUGGGGCAGAUUCCUUUGCUGGCUGCGGUGCCGGGUGCAUCGUUUUCCCCGGAGAGUUCGACGCCUACGACGAUGCCGACAAUGUCCAGACCAUGUCGAAGGUGCUGGAGAUGAAGAUCCCCAUCUUGAUGGCUUAUGGAAUGAAAGAUGCCACCUGCAACUAUGUCGGUGGCUAUUCCAUCGCAUCUUCCUUAAGAUGGGCAGGGGCAGAGCAGUGGGCCAAUGCGCCGCUUCAACCGUUUUAUUUGGGCCAUGAGGUGGCUGGAAAAGAGCAGAGUGGGGGCGGCCUCACAUGGAUGCAGAUCACUGAAGCGGGGCACAUGGUCCCCGCGGAUCAACCGCGUGCGAUUCUGCUGGGGAUCAAUCGGCUUUUGGAUGAAGUGUCUGUGGCUUCGGGCUUCCAAGAAGAUUUUCGCCUUGGGCCGGUCAUGGGUCUUGGGAGGACGUACCAGACUUCAUCUUCGACGCUCGUGGUCUUGCUUCUCCUCACGGUCUUGAUCUCCUUUUCAGUCGUACGCUACUUGUCCAGUUCCAGGAUCGACCACCAGCCGCUUUACAACAGCGAGGCGUCUUGCGAUGCAAAGUAGAGGGCGAUGUUCUGCGAUGUUUUAGGUUUCAAGAAUGUUGGAAGUUGGCCAGGAUUGAAGCAACCAAACCCCCUUCUGCGGGGGUUUCUGGUUUAGGGAGUCAAAGAAUCAGCCGAAGGCCCCGUUGCAAACAAUGUUGUUUGGUUGCGAAUAUUUCAAAACCCCAAAGGCGGACCCUCAUGGUCUUUGACCAGGGUCCAUUGGAUCUGACAUCGCUUCAUUGGACUCCCGUGUGGAGCCGGCCCGGAUCUCUGUCGGUCUCCACACGGCACCCGUUCUCCAGGUCCGAACGGGUUCGCCAGGCGCACGGAGGUGUUCGACACCUGCAGCACUCUCCGCCUCUCCUAGGCCUAGGCGAAUGCACCUGUCUCCAGUGAGGCCGCGGAGGGUUACGGCAACGUGGCGAGGCGAAAGAAGGGGGGCGCACGAAAAGGAAAAGAAAAGAACGCAAGCAUGGCUGGGGGAUCCGAUGACGUCCACUCGCCACGUGCGUAGCCGCUACGCCGGCUGUUGGCUUAGCUGUUAUAGCUGGCCUCACGUCUUUUCCGAUUUAUCUCACGCGGCUUGCGCAUGCAAGGCCUUCGUGCCGAAUUUUUCCAUCCAGCCUGCUAUACGUAUGGUGUCCUGCUGAUCCUUGUGCGAUGC